AUGGGGGACUACGGGUUUGGUGUUCUGGUGAAGAACAGCAGUAGUAACAAACCUGCUUUUCCUGUGAGAAUCCCUCCUCACCUCCAACCCCAGCACCCUCACCACCCCUCCAACCCCCCGAGCCCCCCUUCCUUCGUAAACAACACCUGCUCCACCAAUGGGGGCAGUGCUUGGCUGUUCCCUGCAGUAGCCCAACACAGUAACAUGCAAGAUGAGAUUCUGGAGUCGGACAAGUCUAAGGCUUUAGACCUCCAGGAAAUGCAGGAAAAGUCUCAGGUCCAGGCCCAGCCGCAGGCCCUCUCUCCAGGCCAGCAGGAGGCCAGCACUUCUUUAGGAGAGCUGGAGGGAGUUCUUCCUGAAGACAACAUAAUAGAAAAAGGUUCUCUGGAGAUCAGUGGUGGGAAGGAAAAGCUAAGAAUGGAGUCCCCAGUGCUCAGUGGGUUUGACUACCAGGACACCCUGGGAAUGGGUACAGCCGGAUGCACUCAGUCCCCCCCUUCUUCACUGACGAGCUUCAACAACUGGUCCCCUGCUGUACCAUCUACCCAGUCUCCUGUGGUAGGUGAUGACGUGGGGGGCUUUUUCGGUCCCGCUGGCUCCAAUGGCAGUGCACCUCCCCUGCUGUUCCAGAGCUUCUCCCACCACGCCGGGCCUGGCUUUGGUGCAGGUGGCAAUUUCUCUCCACAGAUUGGACCCGUCUCCCAGCAUCACCCCCCAACACCUCACCCCCAGCCCUAUCAUCCUCACGGCCAGGGGAUUCCACCGCAGCACCGGCGCUCCCCAGCAAGCCCUCACCCACCUCAGCCAUCUUUCCCUCCGCAUGCUCACCGGACCGGAGGCUUCCCCCAGCUGCCCCACCUCACUCCUGCCCAGAGCAAACACCCUUCGCCGUGGGGAAACUACCAGAGCCCCUCCACACCUACAUCAACCACCUGGAGCCCUGGAGGAUAUGGAGGCUGGGGGGGCACACAUGGGGUUCGGGAUUACCGACGUGGUGUAGGUGGAGGAAUGACUGGUCUAAACUCUAUCUCUCCAUUGAAGAAGUCCUUCCCCAAUAGUCAGGUUCCUUCCCAGAAAUUUCCUCGAAAUAGCUCUGGCUUCAAUCACAAGGGCUGGGUGGAGGAUGCAGUGAGCCGCAAUGAUAGUGUCUACCCUUUCCAGGAGAGAACCCGCUCCUUUGAUGGUUUCAACAUGCACUCUCUGGAGAACUCCCUGAUUGACAUUAUGAGGGCUGAACAGGAUUCCUUGAAAGGACGCUUCAGCUUCCCUCACCAGGGUGGAGAUGGGCCUUUGCCUAUGAAUGCGAGAAGCUAUGGCAGAAGACGAGGUCAUUCCACUUUGUUCCCUAUGGAGGAUGAGCGCUCUUUCGGAGAUGACGAAACUACUGAUCAGGGGCUCGGUGGACUAGGCUCAGCGCACUGUUUCCCACACCUCAAUGGGGAGCGUAUAGAGCGUUACUCUCGCAAAGUGUUUGUUGGAGGGCUGCCCCCGGACAUAGACGAAGAUGAAAUCACUGCUAGUUUUCGUCGUUUUGGCCACUUGUUUGUGGACUGGCCGCACAAGGCAGAAAGCAAGUCCUAUUUCCCCCCGAAAGGAUACGCCUUCCUGCUCUUUCAAGAUGAGAGCUCUGUUCAGGCUCUGAUCGAUGCCUGCAUUCAAGAAGAUGGCAAACUGUACCUCUGUGUCUCUAGCCCCACCAUCAAAGACAAGCCUGUCCAAAUCAGGCCGUGGAACCUAAAUGAUAGCGACUUUGUCAUGGAUGGCUCUCAGCCUCUGGAUCCAAGAAAGACCAUUUUUGUAGGCGGUGUCCCUCGCCCGUUACGUGCAGUGGAGCUGGCCAUGAUCAUGGACCGUCUCUAUGGUGGAGUGUGCUAUGCUGGCAUUGACACAGACCCUGAGCUGAAAUACCCAAAGGGGGCGGGGCGAGUUGCUUUCUCCAAUCAGCAAAGCUACAUUGCAGCUAUCAGUGCCCGAUUCGUUCAACUGCAGCAUGGGGAGAUUGAUAAAAGGGUGGAAGUGAAGCCAUACGUGUUGGAUGACCAGCUGUGUGACGAGUGCCAGGGCACCCGCUGCGGAGGGAAGUUCGCUCCUUUCUUCUGCGCUAACGUGACCUGCCUGCAGUAUUACUGUGAAUACUGCUGGGCGGCCAUCCACUCCCGCGCUGGCCGCGAGUUCCACAAGCCCCUGGUGAAGGAAGGUGGCGACCGACCGCGGCAUAUCUCCUUCCGCUGGAACUAA